GGAACAUAAAUUGGUUGCAACAGUUGUAGCAAAAUCCAAUAGAAAAACACCCGAAUUCGAUAAAUGUACUAAACAUCUCAACGAGGAUAUUAAAUUUGUCUGUCCCGAACAUGGCCAAGUUGGUUGCGGCGAUUGUAUGAUAUUCUCCCAUAAACCAUGUAAAGUAGAGUACAUUCUUGAACAUAUCGAUGGAUACAAAGACAGUAAAGAGUUCAAAAUGUUGCAGAAGGAAAUCGAGACAUAUGACAGUGAAGCUAAAACUAUUUCAGGAAGCAUCAAGCGAAACAAGGACUAUAUUAAAGAUGUCAACAAAAAAUUUGCUCUUGAUGUCAUCAUAUUCAGGGAUGAAAUGAUUGCACAUAUCACGAAACUUUCUGAUGCAAUGCUAAAAUAUGGAGAUGAUAUUAUGGCAGCAGACAUGAAAAAGAUCGAAAACCUGGAAGAAGAAAACAAACGCCUUGUUGAUGAAACAAAUGGUAUGAGAGACACAAUACAAUUAGACGUUGAUCAGCCUUACAAAUUGUUCAUCAGUUCCUUGUCAUACAAACAAAAUCUCCAUCUCGUCCGAGACCAGCUAGAAAGAAUCAAAGCGAACAAUACGAUCGAAACGUACGACUUCUUGCCUGACUGUAAUCUCGAACAGUUGAUGAAAACUUGUAAACAACUAGGAGUGAUGCAUAAGCCUAACGAAUCUGGUGCAGCACUUAGAGAAGAAUCAGUAAAAGCAAACAAAGCAACACCAGUGACAAAGGCUUUAUGUUCACCAAAAUAUCAACCGUUGCUGGACAGACAACUUGUUUGCAGAAACCUCAUCAUUGACGGAGAAUUAAUCAGGUGACAUAAAACAACUAUUUUU